AUGAUAGGCAUGGCUUUUGACGAAACCGGAGUUAUGCUUUUCAAGAAUGAAGAAUACGUCGGCGACCUUCUUCUGGACCCUGAAACCGCUCCUACGCCACCCGACUGUGGGAAAAUUCAGUGGGACCUAAUCAAAGGCUGGCUGGCAGAGCAUCCAAAGCAGCCCACUACCCAAGGCACAUGGCCUGGCAAAAUAUUCGACGAUUUCAGACUCAUCGAUGUUGUCCGAAAUUGCGUCGUCCGCGUAUCAGAACCCCAUGACUACGCAACCCUCAGCUACGUUUGGGGAGCAUCUACGGAGGUCCAACUCGAGGCAAGAAAACGCACCAUUGCGAUCCUGGAGCAAGAAGGAAGUCUACUUUCAGCGGAUGUUCCGACCACUAUUUACGACGCCAUAGUUGCAACGAAAAUGUUGGGCUUGCGGUACCUCUGGGUCGACCGCAUUUGCAUCGUGCAAGAUGACGAGAACAACAAACUGCACCAGAUUUCUCAAAUGGACAGAAUUUACGCAACUUCUUACGUUACUUUAGUUGCAGCUUUAGGCCGAGACGCAAUGUCCGGCCUCCCCGGCGUCCGAGUUGACAGACGGGAAGUCAAGUAUUCUGUACAUUGGAACGGCUUGACUGUAGCGUUUCCCUACAGGCCCGAUAUAGGUGGCUUGGGAGCUACUUCUCGCAGUGCUUCUCUCCGUAAGCCUAAGCCCUGGAGAUGGCUAAUGCGUGACUCGGAUUCCAAAUGGUACAACCGCGGAUGGACGUAUCAAGAAGCCGUUGUAUCGGAACGGUUGCUCUAUUUUACCGAAGAAGGAGCCUUCCUGGAGAUCAAGGGCAAUUCCGUACUUCUGGCGGAGGGAGAUACACGUGUAUCUCAAAGAAAGAAAGCGCGUCGCUCUAGCCCGAGUUAUUACGAUGCCGUCUGGGAAAUCCUGCACCGCAAAUUCACCCACUCGACUGAUGUCCUCCUAGCAUUCCAAGGCGUUCUCAAUUGGGUUAUUGAGAAGGACUGCUACAUCGACAAGAAUCACCGGUUCGGGAUACCAUUCGAAGAAUUCGACGAGGCAAUCCAGUGGAAAACGGGAAACACUUCGCACAAACGCAGCCCAGCAAGCCCACAGAAAUUCCCUUCCUGGUCAUGGGCCUCUAUGGAGAACUUUGUGGAUUACGGCGAGACUGUAAUGACCUGCGGCUCACUGGCGACUUGGGCGUUCUGCGAACCGGCUGCAAACGACCAACUGUGUUUGGUGCCAGUGAUGUCUCGACCAAAACGGUACUGCGACAGCUGGGGAGUUCAAAAAGGGCUUGAUGUGAGGGUUCUCAUGAUGAUUGCCUGGCUACAAGGCUGCUUUGCAAGGCCGCCGCUGUUUCAUUUCACUCCGGAUUCUUCUCUAUCUUCAAUUCAACGACAGAUAGACGAGCAAUUCCCUACAUACGACGAUUUCUGGAGAAUCUCUCGGGGAGAAAAUUGGCAACAGGAAAUGUUCUCGCAACAAGACCUCAAGACCGCAUCUAUUCAGCCUGGGAGAGUAUUGGUGCACACUCAAUGCGCACUUUUGCAGCUUCAAGGAGUGGAGGGAUCUACAUCGUAUUUCCAUAUCCGGCGACCUAACGGUCAGUGGAUUGGCCUUGUAGAGCUAUCUCAGGAAUCUCAAGAGAUCUUAUCAUCUAUCGGCAUACAGGAUGCUGAGAUUUGCGUGGAAUUUCUUGCAUUGGGAAUUUACUUUGGUGUGGAUUUCACCUUUGCUCGGGCUGAUGGGCUGAAGAAAACUUCGAGCGGGACAUGGGAGCCGGGAGACCCUGAUUUCGAGAACAACGAAGCAUUCAGUAAAGAGAUGAACCAUGUUUGCGCUAUGGAAUCUGCAUCUGAUUUUGAGUUGGAACGCGAAUCGCCGCCGCAGGUGGUCGUGAUGCUGAUUCACAGAUGCGGACCAGUAGCUCGUCGUCUUGGUCUUGGCCAUGUCUAUCUGAAGCUAUGGGGGGAGACUGAGAAGGAGCUCAAGACUGUGGUACUCGAAUAG